AUGUAUGACGGGACAACCGACCCGGAGGCUCAUGUUAAGUCCUUUAUCAAUGCGAUGACCUUUCGCACAGGGUGCGAUGCCAUCUGGUGCCGAGCGUUUCCCCUUUCACUAGAAGGGGAAGCCCUGGAAUGGUUUGACUCACUCCCUAAUGGAACCAUAGGGAACUUUAAAAGCCUGAGUAGUUUGUUUAAGAAUCAGUUCGCGGCGUCCCGAGCACAGGAUGCCACUGUCAUUGACCUGAUGAACCUCAAACAGGGUAAAGAGGAACCCCUUAAGACUUUUAUGGAUAGGUUUCAGCGGACCGUCCGGCAAGUCAAGGGGCUGAGCACGAAAUUGGCCCUACAGCACGUAAUGCCCGGGUUGAGGCCUGGACCGUUCAAGGAUAGUAUAUGCAGAAAUCCCCCUAAAACUAUGGAAGAACUACGCCAGAGAACGGCUGAUGAGAUAAGGGUGGAGGACAUGAAGUCCAGUUACAGAAAGGAGUUGCAAGAAGCAAAAGCUGAAAAGCAAGAAAACAAGAGAGACGGCCAGAGCAGUCGGCCUAGCGGGAAAGGUCGCGACGGACCGCGCGGCCCGCGAUUCCCCCAAUAUACUCCAUUAAACGUCCCUCGGGCCCGUAUAUUGCAGGAGUCGCUCAGCGCACAGAUAAUGCAGAUCCCCCAGCAGCGCCCGACUCCCCCAGGGGCGGACAGUUCUAAGCAUUGCAUGUACCACCAAAACAUGGGGCACAACACCGAAGACUGUGUGUCACUAAAGGACAAAAUCGAAGAGAUGAUCCGAGCGGGUCUCCUUCAACGGUAUGUAAAGCGGUAUAGGACGGACCAAUCUCCCGAAAGGAGUGAAAAGAAGGAGUACGCAGGGGCGGGUUCCCCUCGGUGCGGUAAGGGGGAACGCGCAAGGAGCCCUCCGCGGUAUGAAAAGUGA